CUCUGUCUUCCGUUUUCCUUGCCCGCACAACUCAAAUCGCGUGAGCUGUCUGGCCCGCGGGCCUUUGUCUUUGAUUCGUGCUGCGAGUGCUCCCGUUUUUCCGUUUGCUUUUUCUGAAGGCGUCCGCAAACUUUGAACCAGACGCCGGUUCGCGCCUUCCAAAAGACUCGUUUCCACGAAAGUCUCCUUCCAUCGUCUAGAUUUCGACAGAUAACCGCUCCAUUGUAAAAAACAGCUACGGGUUGACGGGUCGUCGGCGCUUGCGCCAUGCCAGACACGGAGGCGUUGCAGGGCGACUUCGUUGCAUUCUCUUCCGUGAUCGACCACAAAAACGCUCCUGAGAUUUGUCGUCACUCAAAGGCGGACAAAUCACUUUUUUUGUGGGUUGAGUCUGGAACCCGCAGCGGAAAGCCGGUGAGUACUGCUCGCGGCAGGUGCCCGGGGCCGGCUUGGCGUUGCACGCCUGAGUUUCGGAAUGUCUCGUGUUUUGCUGACUCGGUAUUGAUUUUUCAGAUGCACCUAUGUGUUGUCUUUCGUUUCAAUUGCCCCAAUUUUUCCCAUGCCCGACUCUGCUAGAAAGAAACAUCGAAACAGGGUUCUCUUUGCCUGACUCGCAGUUCGCCCGCGGCGCUGGUGAGGGCGGCGCCGAAGGCCGUUGACACGCUUUCCACUUGGCUCAGGAAAAUCGUUUUCUUUGUGCUUCGCUAUGAGGAUAUUUCAUCUCCUCUUACUUGGCUGGGCCGUGUGCUUGGCGCUCGGUCUUCGGGUGGACCUCGCCGCCGCCGAGACUGAGACAGACGGGUUUGGCAGGCGACGCCGAAAAAAAGAACAAGAGCACUACGGAGAUAAUAUCGAAAUGACGACUCUUCCCACAAAGAAGGGCGGCACAGCUCCAGCGGUUCCUUCCUCCCCUGCGGAAGCGGCGAAAUGGCCCUUCAACAGCUCUUGCAUGUACAGCGAGGUUGAAAUUUACCGCCCGGGGAUAAAAGAGUAUCUGCAUGCAAGAACGUACGAUCCCCUCGCUCCCAUCGCGGGCAACCAGCAAGAAAACCUCAAGGCCCUUCAGGAGCUGCUCACUGCUGAUUUCAUGACGCAAGGCGUUGCAAGUGUUCUUCUUGCCGUGGAACAAGUAGCUGGAUUUGUAGACUUCCAGCAACCGCCUUUGUCUGAGGGACGUCUCUUCUGUUCAGAGGCCAAAGACGAGCUCUGCCACAGAAUCCGCGACGCACUCCGGAGUGGACAGCCUUGCAAGGUCAUUGCUCCCGUACUGAACUGUUCGCAAUUGAACAAGAAGGACAUGGAGGCGUUUCUGGAGGCCUUCGAGGCUGAAGCUGCAAUUUUGCCGUCUUCUCCUGACAACGAGUGCGGGAAGGCCUACGCAGAGGCGGUCUCGCUCUACCACUUGGUGAUUGUGGACACCCCACUUUCAUUCUCCGAGACGCCCAUGGAAUCUGAAGAAAUGAAAGAAAAACUCAAUUUGCUCUUUGCGGAGAACACCCGGGGAGGACCUACACCCGCGAAGGAGGGUGUCGUGUACGAGACAGUUGAUCUUCAGGCUCCUAACGAUUCAGGCGAUGCGCCAGGAAAACCGGAGCAGGUCCCAAAACCGUCUCUUUUGUCGAUCAACUCUUCCAUUUGGCCUGCUGAUAUCUACGCGAACUCCGAGGCUGAUAGAGAAGCAAGCAUGGUGGAACUCAAGAAACUGAAAAACAGAUUCCUCGGAAAGCCACUCGGACCUCCAGAGACGACAACCCUGGAAGCCUUUCCUUAUGAGCCUGAAGCGACCAGAACGCUUCACUACAGCGCAGCGCGUCGACUCUUCUUCAUUGGAGCUCGAAGUCCACUUGUGGCUCUGCUUUACAACCUCCUUUUCCAGGCAUGGUAUCGCUGGGAUGAGUUGUUUACUGGCGAGGGUGCUGCGCGUCCGUUCCCGAGGAUUUCCACGCUUCUUCGUGCAGGGUCCCAGGAGAGAUACUCCAGACUCGAUGCCCUCUGCGGAGUGGCUCUGAAGAAGGUGAAGCCCCGGCCGAAGACGCCUUCGACUUUGCCCAUCCUUCCGCGAGAAAAAAUGUUCAGAAAAACGCGCGUCGUAGGCGAAGCAAAGUUCUCCUGUGACAUUCUUUACCGCGCCGCCACCGCUCUGGACCUCGGUGAAUCUGCGGCCGUCGUGGACUUCAACGAACGCAUGGAGUCUCUGAACGACGAGAAGAAGAGGCGCAGUGUGCUUCUUGAACACAACGCGAGCGGUUCUGCAAACUUCAGGCGUGUUUGCCUCUCCUUUCGCAAGAGCGUGGACGGCGUAACGGAGCUAACCGACCUCCUCUCGUGCUCCUUCUCCGACACUGUUCUCCCUUCCGCUCUGAGCGCCUCCACGUCCUCUGCGUUGCCGCCGAACCUUCGAGAAGUUUCAGAGUUCGACUCCGUCGUUCUCCUCGAAACAAAGGCUGCGGCGGCCCCGGCGGUCGAUGAGUCUGAGGACGAAGACUCUCCCCAGGAGCAAGAAGACAGGGCACGACGGAACUUCAAUUGGCUCAGGCUCCGAGCCGCGCCGCAUCUGGAGGCGGGUCUCUUAGGCGACGUCCUGAGCCUCGACUACGGCACUUGGUGGAUUUCUCUCUUGUUCGUGGAUGAGCGGAGCUUGGGCGAGGUGGAGGCGAAGAGGAAGAAGCUGAAAGCGACUUGCGCGAAGGCGGCCAAGAGCAAGAAGUCGACCGCUGACGACGGCGUCUGCACUGCCACUUGGAACAAAAGAUGGUGGGAUAAGAACUGCUCGAAGAACCUGACCCGCUUCCUAUGCACUCCUGUCCUCGACGUUCUCGCUCUCGACGGCCAACUCACCUUUGUGACCUCUCGAGCUCUAAAGGCUCUUGCGGCAAACGACUUGCAAGUGAAGAAACCUGGACAAAGUGCUAAGGGUCGUCCAUUCGCCUCUCUGGCUGGCAGCCGGGCCACACAGAAGAUGCUCUUUGCGAGGAACGCGUAUGCCCCCGCGAUUUUCGGCGCUCUUCAGUUCUUCUCCACGUCCACCAUGGCCAACGCAGAGCUGCUUGGAGGCCUCGAUCAUCCGGGCAUCUGGGACAUCAACUUCGCCUCUUCUCUCUUCACUGGAAAAGGAAAGAGAGGCUGGCUCUUCAGUCGCUUAACAGGUUCUCUCUUGAGGAGACUCGGAACUCGACUCGCGGAAAAGGCGUACCAACCGUACAUGAUGCAGCUCCUGCAUCAGAAACUGCGCCCGGAGACACGCAAGAAGAUGUUUCAGGCGAUCCAGGUCAUCGUCCACCCUCUCGCCUUGAAGCACCUCAACCAGAUGGCACCUCUCUACAGCGACAGCAAAGGAAACCUCAACAAAGAAGGCGGCUUUGCCGAAGAAAUCGACAACACUUUGAGGGAAUGGUCCGAAUACGGCAUGAACGAAAAACUCAUCGAUCGCCUGGAGAAGGGUCAGAAUCUGAGUGCAUCGGACUUUGCGGGAGUAAACAUUUUAACCAUGCCCAUUCCGAGCCGCGAGCGGAUGGACUCGCUGGUCGCGGAGCGUCUCAACGGAGCGUUGAAACGCCUUCAGGAGAAUCCGGAGAACGUCGAAACUUCGCGCGCAGCUUGCGACUUCCUCAGUCACGCGUCGAACUCCAUUUACGUUACCAACGACUCUCGCUACUUGCUGAACAAGUUCGGCCCUGAGAACCUCCUCUUUUUGGGGAAGAUCGUGAAGCGCAGUGAGACGCUUGAGAAGCCGCAAGGCUUUUUCGCCAGAUCCUGGGCUGGAGUAGAGAAAACGCUCAAGGGGAUCUUGCGCCUGCCGCCCUACAUGGUCAGACAUUUUGUCUUUGCAGCUGUGAAAGUCCGAGAGGACUUGGUCAGCGAAGUCGUGAGGGAAAUGGCGGCCAUCUACAAUCGAUUCUCAAACUUCUUCAAGGACGAAAUCGCUUUUCGGAAAGCCGUCUCGGAACUCAGCAUCGCCUACGAGGAUUUGCUCCGCCAACGUAUUCGAGAGCCAUUCGCUGUCCCCACGCACUCGCUCCUGGACAACAUUCAUCCGGACUACGCACAAAUGGACGGUCAGAGUCGGAACCAAGAGUUCCAGGCCUCGGCGUUGUCGCACAUUUUCUCGCAGGCUUGGUCGCUCUUUUUCUCGGUUUCGAUGAACAACUACAUCAACCCGGAGCCGCUUGCCAAGAUCGAGGCCGAGUACUCAACCGACGCGUGGAAGAAAUCCGUCGACGACCACCUCGCAGUCAACUCGUUCCGCAUGAUUUUCAUGGGCAGCGACAUGCCGCUGAAACUCUACGACCAACUGAUUCCAAACGAACAGAAGCGCAUGCUGAAGCGUGCCAAGUUCGGUGUUUCCACCAUGUUUGCCUACCAGACUCUCUUAACGGGGCGACUCUACGAGGCGCAGAACCUCCCGAACCUCGGCAUGUUCCUCCAAGCUCAAGGGCCGUACUUCGGACCUAUGAUUGUCCGGUGGCAACAACGAAGGCGCACAGACAGACUCAUCGAAAUCGUCUCCUGGCUCACCCUGGGAGCCUUCUGCUUCGCGGCGGUCGGAGCAGCUAUGCAGCAGACAACGCAAGUCGUUGAGCAGAUCGUCCAGAAUCAGAGCAGCUUGGCGCCCGAGUUGAGUGGCUGCCCGCCCAUGGGCAUUUGCAUGGACGGGACGAUCGGAGAUCCCAUCGCCUCCCCUCCGGCGACCGCCGCCAGUGCUGUUUUCCAGUCUAUUGCGCUCGUGGGUGUCGGUAUGAUGUUAGGGCCUGCGGUGGCAAUCUGGAAAAUCGCUGUUUCUCACUUCAAGGUUCUUGCACGGUUUGAAAUGGCAAUAGGCAACGCGUUCCGGCGUAUGGGGCAGUGGUUCCGCAAGAAGUGGAGAGGUCGUUGGUUCGCGAACAAGCAGAAUGCAGAAAUUGAAAAGGAAAUGCAGAGACACACGAAAAAGAUGAAGGAAGAGCAAAAGAAGAUGAUCGACCGCAAAGCUCCCAACCUCAUUGACCAGGCGGUGCCCGCUACUGCCCCCGAGCUCGAUUUGGUUCCUGAUGGGCCUGAACCCGUGCUUGGAGCUUCGACCUCUGGAUCGGGAGGAGGCUUCUUUGAGAUUGCCUCCGCUUACAGACGGAGGCCGCGCUUCGACAGACUGGCAAGCAUCAGGAGACACGAUGCGCUGCUUGCUCGUUUCGAUAAACUGUAGCACAUUUCUUCCGAGUGGACGAGACACGAAGGAGGCAAACAGCCUCUCAGCGUUUCCUGCCUUGCCGCAGAAAGUGGUGUUUGUGCUAGGUGGAACGACUUGUACGGCGUAGAGAAGGUCUAAAACGGCUCCGUCAAGAGAGCUUCCGGUUUGCUCUCCAGUGGGGACGACUCUGCUUCGCGCAUAGUGGUGGCGUUAGCAGCACUGGGGGAGUUUUAGGGGAAAUGGCGAGAAUCUCUUUUCGAUGGCAUUCGCGGACUUGCGAUGCAGCUGCGUGCGACCACACAGUUCACAGAUGCACUGAAAAACCCUUGAACCCCGCCCGUCUCAUCCGUGAAUCCUUUUGAAUUGAACGGCACAGAUCAAGCGCAAAACUCUAAAGAAAUCCGUGUUACUGCA